AUUUGCUUGGGAACUUCGUCUCACCCGUCAUCUCUCUUAUCUCUGUGUUCCUACACACAUUGAAUCGACGCUGGAUAUCCAUAAUAUGCGCAGCCACGUUUUUCUUGGCUGUUUUCUGCAUCAUAAUACGUGCUUCAAUGCUCUCUAUUGCCACUCCAGGUUGAGCGAUCUUGUGCAAUUGGCUCAUCCGAUCUUGGCGACCAAGCCUGCAUUGCACCCUUUGGUGGGACCCAUAUCUGUGUCUGCUACUUGGUUUCUCCCAUUAUUGAGUCCGACACUGUGGGCCCAUGCUCUGUUGCGUGCAUGCCAGUGCUUCCAUGCCAAUAGUCGCUGGUGACCCCCUUGCAAUUGAACGCGUUCUCACGCGUUCUUCACUCAUUGAUGCCAAUAUUUUGGGCCAACCGACAUGAAAGGAUGCAAACCAGAUGUGUUAUCAUGGCGUUGCCCAAUGCGCUGUUGCAAAGCCCGCGCUGGUGCCUGACCAAAAAGUGUGCCUACCACUAUGCUCUUAACUUUUCUCCCCCUCCCAUUUCCUUCUACUCGGUGAGGUACAGGGAGUUCUGGAACCCCGUGGGCCGGGUUUCACGGAUGAGCAAACUAUGUGUUCCCUGCCAUUCACCUCAUCAUUUGCUUUGCGAUCUACCCGCCACAUUUACCCCACUGAUUAUUAUAUCUUUGAAACCGACUUGCUCUUGGGACCUACACCAGCCCCACAGACUCAUCUCUGCAAGGGUGGCUUUCUCCUGUGUUCAAGCGCGGGGUUUAUCCCGCACCCUCAGUAUAGCCUUGGGGCACUAUUUCUCCGACACACGCAAUGACAAGCACCAGUUAUGCAUGUAUUACUAUAUAGUACAAUGCCAAAUGAAUAUAUUAUGAUUCACUAUUAAAACAAGCGGGGUUACCUAUCAAUAACUUCCAGGGCACCCCGUCAGUAUGACCCCGUCAGACUGCGCAUAU